AUGGGCUGCCUCAAGAACCUGGUCAUAACCGUAGCCGGCAACGUCGGCCACAGGCCGGAGCAGCUCAAAAAAUGGGUCGAAGCCAACGACGGCCGCUGGGUCCCUCGAGUCACCAAAGACACGACGCACGUCAUCUGCUCCAAAGACGAGUGGAAGAAAGCGACCGAGAACGUGGCGAUGGCACAACGGUUCGGCGUCCGCAUCGUCAGCUACGACUGGCUUGAAGACUCGCUGCAGCGCGGGAGGAAGCUCGGCGAGAAGAAGUACCUCUGGACUGCUAUCUCGAAGCAACGAAAGAAGCAGAAACAGAUGAAGAGGUUGGGGAAGAUGAAUGAUACGAGACAAUUCAAACAAGGCGUCCAGAAAGCCUACGACGAUACCGGUUCAGGUACGUCCUCACGAUUCGUGCCUUGCACCCAACGCAGUGGUUUCUUCGUCAGUAGUCUGGCGGAGUUGCAGGCGAAAAGGGAGCAAAGAGAACAGCACAAGGAUGAACAGGUUCAAAAUCCUGAGCCUGUGGUGAAUAAGGAAGGCGAGAAAGAUGAUGAUGGGCUGGAGAAGGAUCAGCAGAAUCCAACACUGGAGUCUACCUCUUCCACUCCUCCCCCAAACACCCCAUCCAAGUCCACUAUCACAGCUCGCACUCCGUCCUCCACCAUCAAGUCUUCUCCCAGCCCUUCGAUCCCACGCCAGGAUCUCGAGUCCACACCACCUAAACCUCCGCACUCUCCCACCUCUCCGCCUGCAACGACCGCCCUCGACCGAGACAAUGCCAACACCAUUCCCCCAUCACCACCGUCACCCGUCCCCCCAACUAACCCAAACUCCUUGAAAGAUAACUACCACAUCUACGUCGACCCCACCAGCUUCCCCUACGACAUCACGCUCACACGACCCAACCUCUUCCGCAACCUCCACGCCCACUACACCCUCCGCCUCUUCGAAUCCAACACGAAACCCCACACCUACACCACCGUCGCACGGUACCGGCCCCCAACGACCGACGCCUGGCCCUCCGCCAACAACCUCAUAAACACGCCGGGAAUCCCAGGGAUAACCUACCCGCCACCGUCCCCUCCCUCUCCCACAACCUCCACCACCCCCCAGGCUCCCUUCCUCCACACAAUCCCCCAAACCCCAACACCACACCUCUGGAAAAAAGCCCUCUGCCCCCUCAACACCCCGCACGAGCACGCCUUCCGCGCCUUCCGCACCGCCUUCCACACACUGACCCUCCUCCGCUGGGAAGAGCGCGUCUCCCCCGCCGUCGAAGCGCUACAGCACGCGCGGGCGCGGGUCCUAAACCUCGAGCCGUUUUUCUACAGGCGGCCUGCGCCGCCGGCGUCGUGUGGGUUGUUGCCUGCGGUUGAGAUUCCGGGGGAGGCGUACGUGAGGGCGGAGGUGGGGGAGGAGGAGGGGGGGUUGGGGUUGAGGGGGAUGGAGGUUAUGUUGAAUAGGGAGGGGAUUUGUGGGAGGAGGGUGGUGAUGGAGGUGGAGGCUAGGAGGAGGAGGGAGGUGGAAGAGGCGGAGGAGGAGGAGAGGAAGAGGAAGGAGAGGAAGGAGAGGGAGAGGGGGAAGGCGGGUGUGAGGAAGGGGAGGUCGGUGAGGGAGAGCUUCUUCUUCUAUGAUCAUUGA